AUGCCUGAUAUCGCUGGUCUGGAUUGUGAUCACUUGGAGAUGUAUAUCAAGUGCUGGUGGAAUAAACGCGAUAUUAAAAAGCAGAAAACGUCCUUCCAUAUCAACUACCAGUCUGUUCUGAAGUAUGUUGACAGCGCUUGUUCAGGUUCCAAUAAGGCCGCAGACAAGAGGCCGAUGCUAGCCAGCAAAAUUGGAUAUGCGCCGAGUGGAUUGUUUGAAGGAUCCAAAGAUUCUGGAUGUGGUGAUUGUGGCCAUGAUAUAAUUCGUAUCGUCGUUGUAUUGAAGCUUCUACACAACGAAAUUACGCCCCCUUUGGAGCUACAUUCCGAUCUUCGGGAUAUUUUCUCUAUGUCAGACGGUAGUGAACUUGUUGGUGACCUUAUGAAAGACGCCCCUCUUGUGAAGAUAAAUAUUGGGGAGUGUAUGAUGCGAUUAGGGAAUAGAGCUUAA